GUUUCAGAUUUGAAAGGAAUGGAAAAAACGAAGGAUGUCUGAGAUGUUAGACGGUGCAAUUCGACGAGUUGUUGUGAUCGGAAACGGCUUCGCCGGCGCUGAGAAUCAGAGCAUUGGAUUGGUUCGUGCUCUCGGUCUCUCCAAUCACAUUUCCUUAUACCGCGUGACGAGGCCACAAGGAGGAAUCAAUAGAUGGUUUAAAUGGCUUCCAGUUUCAAUUCAUAAAAAAUUAGACUCCGUUAUUAGAAAAUUUUGUGGUAAUUCAAGAUUUCUAUCACUGAAUCAUAACGUUGGUAUAUCUAGUAUAUUAGAAGCCGAUGCUCACAGCAUUGCAAAAAUGGCUCGUCAAACAUUUUACAAGGAAGGUCCUUUGUUGGUUGUUGCGUCUGGACGAGACACUAUUAAUGUUGCCACUUCCAUUAAACGGUUAGCUUCAGACAAUGUUUUUCUUGUUCAGAUACAACAUCCAAGGUUCCUCCUGAAUAGGUUUGAUCUUAUAAUCACUCCUCGACAUGAUUAUUAUCCCCUGACUCCUCACGCCCAACGGCAAUUACCUUGGUUUCUUCGGAGGUGGGUUACUCCAUGGGAACCUCCAGGUCGCAAUGUGGUCCUUACUGUGGGAGCACUUCAUCAAGCUGAUUCUGCUGCUCUUAGGGUUGCUGCUUCUGCUUGGCAUAAUGAGUUAGCUACACUGCCAAAGCCCUUGCUUGUGGUUAACAUCGGGGGACCUGCAGGCAAUUGUCCCUAUGGUGUGGAUCUGGCAAAGAAUUUAGUGGUUAUGCUUCAGAAUGUUCUAUGGAGCUGUGGUACAAUGAGAAUAUCUUUCUCUAGAAGAACUCCUGAGAAGAUCUCCAAAAUUUUGGUCAAAGAAUUUUCCACAAAUCCAAAGGUCCAAAUAUGGGAUGGAGAAGGUCCAAAUCCACAUAUGGGACAUCUGGCCUGGGCUGAUGCCUUUGUUAUCACAGCUGAUUCAGUCAGUAUGUUGAGUGAGGCCUGCAGUACUGGGAAGCCUGUGUAUGUAAUCGGAGCAGAAUUGUGUACAUGGAAGUUUGCUGACUUCCAAAACUCUUUGCAGAAGCAAGGAGUUGCUCGACCAUUCACUGGGAUGGAAAAUAUAACUGAAAGCUGGUAUUAUCCUCCACUGAAUGACACUGCAGAAGCUGCUAGUCAAGUGAUUGCUGCUCUUGCUCAGCGAGGAUGGACUAUUCGUGCAUAAUUAGCCUCCCAAUAUUUUAUUGGAAUUCUUGGAAUUCAUUGACUAGGUCUAAUUGAAGAGGAAACGCCAUCUUGCUCAAUUUCCACUGACUCCUGCUUAGCUUCAAAGUGCUUGCCGGCCACUGCAGCUUCCUUCUCUGGCAAAAGCUGUAGAGAUGGUUCUUACCUAAGUGGAUUGGGCAAUAGGCGGUCACUUCAAUAGUUGCUUAUAAAAAAACUGUUAUUGUUAACCUUCCCUCAAUGGUUAUUAUUGUGAGCUUUAGAAUUUAGAUAGUCUGCACCACACAUCUAAAUCAUUUUUUUAAACUAGCCGAGUAAAUGUAUCAUAAUGUAAAAAAAAAAUGUUGAAUGAUAUAUUAAUUGCCAUAUUAUGUUUUUUUAU